CCAUAUUACAACGGGUUGCCGUGCCGAUCACACAAAAUCGGCGCGAGACCUGGAUCAAUCAGAGCAUUCAUCCAAAGAUGCCCCCUACUUGUCUUUCAAUGUACAUAGCGUUUUUGGUGCUUGGAUGCUCGUUCGUUACCAUAGUCAACGCCUUUUCCUUGAACAAGUCGUCAUCACCAGCAAUACCAAACCAUGAAUCGGUCCAAUCUUCUUUAACGAAUAAAAUGAUAUUAGCACCUCUCACGCGAGGCGGUAAUUUGCCCUUCCGGCGACUCUGUGCAGAUUUUGGAAUGCACACGUCAGUUUCGGAAAUGAUAUAUGCUCGGUCACUUCUGAGAGGCGAUCCUAUAGAAAAUGCUCGGCUAAGACGUUCGGAAGGAGAAUCUAUCUUCGGAGUUCAAAUUGCCACGAACCAAAUCGAUGAAGGGGUGAACGCUAUCAAAAGAGCUGUAGAAAUGGGGGCGGACUUUUGUGAUUUGAACUGCGGAUGUCCAAUCCAUGAAGCUACGAGAAGGGGUCUAGGGUCGUCCUUGUUGAGAUCCCCAAAGAAAUUGCAAAAACUCGUGAGGGGGCUGGUAGAAAGUUCUGAGAUUCCUGUAACAGUGAAAAUUCGUCUGGGGUGCGAGACAAAUAGUAUUAACUGUUUGGAAAAUGUUAGGGCGGCGAGAGAAGCAGGCGCAGCGGCGAUCACAAUUCACGGCCGAACUGCUCAGCAGGGAUAUUCUAAGAAUGCGGAUUGGGACCUAAUUCGACGGGCUGUGAUGGAAACGAAAGACGAUGGCUACGGCCACAUACCAAUCAUUGGAAAUGGGGAUAUCUUGACAUAUUACGAGGCAAGGAGACGGAUGGAAGAAACAGGCGUCGAUUCGGUGAUGGUCGGAAGAGGUGCACUUUGUAAGCCUUGGAUAUUCAAGGAAUUUAAUGACAAUGCGACAUGGGCCCCAGAUACGAAAGAAAGGGUACAGAUCUACCGGGUACUUGCAAACUACAUGAAGGACCAUUUUGGUGACGAUGACAUGGGGCGCAAAAAGAGUUGGAAUUUUUUGCCCUGGCAUUUUGAAUUUCUGUCUCGUUAUACUCCAUAUCCCGAAGAAGAUUUUGCAGCCCAAUCUAUCGAUAGACCUUUGAUUCAGAAUCGAAUGGUUCUUCCGGAUCAUACGGAUCCAUUAGACGUGCUGUUAGCUAAUCGGUGCAGUGAUGCGCACGAAGUGAUCGCAUCUAUUUUGUGGGAUUCGGAUUCUGACGAGACGGCAGUACAGAAAUUGAAUAUAUUCGCGGAAAGCCAAGAUUUCAAGAGAAUAUUGACAACAGGAAGUGUCAAUGAGGGUGAAGACAAAGUACUCUCAAAUUUGCCGAAGGGAAAGGCGGGAAAAUGGGGGAAGCGGAGAGGACGAAAGCCAGGCCCAAAGAGGACAGAGGAAGAAAUUGCGCAGAUUCGAGCCGAACGAGCGGCCAAGAAGGAAAGAAUCCUCGCUGAGGGAGGUACUUGGCCUCCCUAGAAGUGUUUUCUGAUGCAAUUAUUCAUUGAAGAAUGGCUUGUUGUUGCAAACACGCAUGCAGCGGAAUUAAUUUUUAUUAGUUUGAUUUGCACCCUCGCAAUUACCGAACCUGUGAAAUAUCAGAAGAAAAACAAUUACCGAACCUGUGAAAAAACAGAAGAAAAGAAGCUAUUACAACUCAUAGCGCAAAUAAAUAUUGGAAAGUGAGCAGCAGGGCCUAUUUCUCGAAAGCUAGGUUAGUACUGUACUUUCAAUAAAGAAUCUACAAAUGA